AUGUCUUCAAACCCUCCUUCACUUGGAGCACCAACAGCUCCUGGUCCACCCAUCUCUACCGCUCUCAAAGGAUCAAAAUCAACUUCCAACCCAUUCGGAGUAGAUUUAGUCAUACCAUUCUCCACCAGCGUAGGGAAAGACCGAAUCAAAGAUUCCAACGAGAUCAAAGAAAGCUACGAAUACUUUCUCAGAGCUUUAGAGUCUGAAGGUGGAUUACGUAUCGCCAGUAGAUCAGGUAAUAAGAUUAAAGGGAAAGAAGAGAUUUGGGUUUUUGUAGGUGCUUCAGAUGAAAAGAUUUCUGAAUUGUUAGAAAGAGAACAAUCAUUGGAUAAAAAUCAUAAUCUUCCACAACAUAAUCAUGAAGGAGAACUCAACCCAGCUACGAGAUUAAGAUUGAUAUAUAAUCUCUUGACUGCUCCUACUGUUCAACAUGGUUUGGGGAUCACACCUGGUGAAGGGAAAUGGAAAAGAGUUAAAAGUAUCAUGGCUUUACAUGAUGAAGAAAUGGAUAGGGUUUGGAUUGAAAGAUGGACAAAAGGGGAUUGGAAAGUUGGUUUGAUAGCUGGUUUGGAUCAGAGUGACAGUACGAAUCUCGGUGCUCAUCAACCACCCCCUAUUCACCUCUACUUUGAAUUCCUCACAACCUAUUCCCUCUCCCUUCUUCCUCUCUCUAUCAUCUCCGUACUCUUCUACCUCCUCACCCCGGCCGAUUCGUAUCCCCCGCUUUACGCAUUCCUCCUCUGUCUCUACUCCACCACCUUUGUCUCCCUCUGGCGGAUCAAAGAACGUAAACUGGCUGUCCGAUGGGGAACAAGUGGCUGCGAGUCAGUCGCCGUCGGUCGUCUACGUCCGGAAUACGUUGCCAAUAUGGGCUGGGACAAGGCAGUUCCUUCCAGCGGUGAAAACACCGUCGAGGUCAUUCAAGCGGGGCAUGACUUGACGAGGGAUGCAAAAGUUGCAUUGAGCGUACCUGUCAUCUUGAUUUGCGGAAUGGGAUUGGGAGUGGUAUUAAUGGGUAUCUUCGUCUUGGAAGCUUUUGUGGGACAGGUUUAUGAUGGCAUGGGGAAACAAAUUGUGCCUCUCAUGCCGACCGCUCUUUUCGUAUUGGUCGUUCCUCAAAUCGUCGGUGCCUACGGAAAGCUAGCUAAUCGGCUUGUCAAAUGGGAAGACCACCCUACUCCUGUCGGAGCGGAAAAGUCUCUCACAGGCAAGACAUUCGCCAUGAAUGGUAUUGUCGCCUAUCUUGGUCUGUUUCUCUCCGCCUUCGUCUACGUCCCCUUUGGUCCGUUCAUCAUGAACUACGUUCAGGGCCGUAUGACACAUACCAGCACACCGGUAGCUUCCACACCCGAGCAAGCAGGUCUUGGCCCUCGGACAAGUGGGGAGAAACAACAUGCCAUCAAGGCUGACAGGUUGAAGGGACAGCUCUUUGCCUAUACGGUCACUAAUCAAGUUGUCAAUAUCUUUCUGGAGCUGGGUUUACCAUACCUGCUUCGUUUUGUUGCAGACUGGCGUAGUGGUAAGACGACUCUCAAAGCAACUUUAAAGAAGCGGGACGGGGAAGAAGCUUCUCCGACUUCUGAGUCGGAGGUGGAAGAGAGGUUUUUGAAGAAGGUUGAGAGGGAGUUGGCUCUUCCGGAUUACUCUCUUUUCACCGACUACGCAGAAAUGGUGACGCAAUUCGGCUAUGUGACCAUUUGGUCAAUCGUUUGGCCACUCGCACCUGUCUUUGCUUUGUUGAAUAAUUACAUUGAGUUACGUAGUGAUGCUCUCAAAAUCUGUAAACACGUUCGUCGUCCUAUCGGCGACAGAGUGGAGACUAUAGGAUCAUGGCUUCAAACUUUGAGUAUCAUCUCAUGGAUUGGAGCGGUGACCAACGCCACUUUGAUCUACCUCUUCCGUCCCUCUACCGCGUUACAUCAUCAGACGCCUAAUCCUAAUGUCCCAAUUCAUGGAAACACCCAUAUUUCCGUACUUCUGGCGACAUACCGCUCUCCCCCUACCUUACAAACCCUCUUACCCGUUCUCAUCCCUCUGGGGCUGAUCGCGCUGGCCGCGAGUCACGGGUUCUUGGUUCUGCGUUGGGUGGUGGAUGGGAUUGCGGAACGUGUAUUGUGGCGUGGAAGUGAGGAAGAGAGGAAGUUGCAGAAAUUGAAAGCUAAAAGUGGGAAUGUGGAGCAGAGGGUGAUGGAGAAACGAAUUUAUGAUCUAGGUUCACUCAGGGGUGGAUUUUGGAAUGGAGGUGAAGAGGGUGCAAGGGAGAUAGGAAGGGUUACCAAGGCUGAGUGA